AACCCCACCCAGCCAGCCCCUAGCGCAGACGGCGGAGAGCGGAGAUGGAGCGCGCCUUGGCCCGCUGGCCUCGGCUGCAGCUCCUCGGGAGAAUCGGGGCGCCCACGCGAGAAUCUCCCCACCUGGGUCUCUUCAGGGAUGACAUCACCUGUUCACCUCCUUGUCUUCAAGGACCACCUCCCGAUGCCACGCUGCUGCCAAGGUGCUCGCUGAUCACCUCCCCCUGAUGAGGCCACUAGGAGCUCCGACCCCUGGAUGGCACCAGCAUACAAAGCAGCCACUGGCAGAGACCACCCCCCCACGCCCACACCACCAGGACGAGGAUGACUGAGGAUGAAGAGGACCAGAACCGACCAGCCAGCUCUUCCCUCUUGGCCGAAUGUUUAAGCCAAUGCCCUAGUGAGGGGGCAUUGGUCAUUAACCUCUGACCUUUGCUAUGCUUAUGCCUUGAUGCUAUGAAUACUUUUGUAUAAGUCUCUACUUGUGUUCACUUGCCAGCCACCUGGAGUGUUUCCCUCCCCAAGGAGUUGUCAGUCUUUCUCCGAUGACAACCCCCUUGUUGCCUGUAUGAUGUACUGAACGGAAGGAUCCCUUUGGGAACUUCUCAGGAGGGGGACCUGGGCCAAGGGCUCGACCAGCAUCUCACUGGCAAUUCCAAGGCCCGGGGUGGGCUUCUGGAAUGAGCAUGUGCCCUGACGCCUGGCUACCGAACUGCCAAGGGCCUCCCCACCUCUCCCCACCUCUUCUCAGAUCUCCCUGUUCUUUCUGGGGAAUGGGGACAAGAAGAGCAGCCUCCCAGGGUUGUUCGCUCCAGGCAGCCCCUGUCCGCAGGGCUCUCCUUGAAGCAGCCAAGCUUCUCGAAAGGCCUGUCUACACUUGCUGUCUUCCUUCCUCACCUCCAAUUUCCUCUUCAACCCACUGCUUCCUGACUUGUUCUGCUCCGUCGAACGACCCUACCUCAGCCCUGUCCCCGGCACAUCGCCUGGGCUGGCGGAGAACCCGAUGGAAGAGGCCAGAACAGCCCCCAGAGGACAGCCGCCCUGCACCAGGGAGCCCGCCAAGCUGCCUGUCGCCAGUCCCGUGCCUCUCCACUUCCACCCACUUUGGGCUGAAGACGCCAUCCGGAAUCGUCCACGGAAGGAGAGACCUUGACACGCCACCCAGCACCCUCCGGUGUUCAAAUCCCUCCGCAGCCACAGGGACACCCUGCACACGUCCCCGCGGGACAGGCCGGACCCAAAGACUCUGGACCAGGGCCGCCCCCUGCGAGGAGGGGCAAGCCCUCCUGGCCUCUCCUUGCGUAGCCACCCGUCCUCUGGCUGAUGGACUGCACUGAUCUGAGGCUCAGACACGUGGGCUGGACCCCUGCCCACCCCUCAGGAGCCCUGAGACUUGGGGGAACCGCGGAGCGUUCACUGGCCCACACCUGAGGACACCUACCUCACAGGGUUGUUGUGAGGAGCGAGUGAUGUGGUUUGAAAGCGCCUGACCUGGGGCUUGGCACACCCUAUUGUGCUCUCAAUAAAUGUGUUUCUUGCCUUAACAACA